AUGGAGUCUGGAAAAGUGUUUGGAGGUGUGGAGGAAUGCCACAGCAGUGAGUCUGGGUGGACGAUGUACAUUGGCUCCCACUUCGAAGGCGAAAACGACGGUGGCAUGCAUCAUGAAGAAGAAGAUGAUGAUGGUGGAACAAAGUAUGGUGGUUAUCAUAAGGAUGAAGAGAGUGAUGAUUCAAUGGUCUCUGAUGCAUCCUCCGGUCCUAGUCAUCAUCACGGCCGUCCAUGUGGAAAAGAGAGGGUGGCAGCUGAGAAAAAGGGCAAGAAGAAACCAGAGAAGGAGAAGCAAACCAGAGGUGGAAGGAGAAAGCAGGAGGAGAAGAAAGACAAGGCACUGUUGAUUCAUGGCAAGAAACGAUGA